AUGGCCGCGACGCUGCUUGGUGAGCUGACCAAGGUGGUGGCGGACUACGUCUACGACCGGUGGAUCCGGCUCAACGUCAUCCACGACGUCGUGGCCGCGAACAUCACCAUGUUCAUCGACGGCAAGAGGAGGCUGGCUGCCCCCGACCAAGGCAGGAAGGAGCACUACUUCAAGUUUGGCGUGUACAAGCAGCACGACCCGUCGCACCGCAUGGAGUCGCACUGGAGGAACGUCGCCAUCUACACCAAACCAUGUACACAUUAG